UUCUAUGGGAUAUAGUGGGAUUGUGAUGGUAUUUAUGGUUUGUGCAAGUUAAGACAUUUGGAUUAGUAUGUCUGUCUAGUGACACUGUGACAGCAAGUAGUAAAAGCAGUGUGGUAAAUGUGAAAUUCAGAAACGGCGUAAAGACAGCGGUUUGCUAGGAUUACGAAAACGACAAACUUUGUUAACGUAGUAGCAGGCCUGUAGCCGAACCUGCUGACAGGAAUCCAUGUGAGGAAUGGCGGGAUUGUUUUAGAUUCAUUAAUGCAAUACGUUGAGAAUGAGUGUCCAAACCCGCUGAACAUUAACAGCUUAGUUAAAUCUCAUGUUUUUUAUACGAUUAAAUGCUCAUAAUGACCCCACUUGUACUUUUGACAUCCCGUUGGUUUUGUGAUUAGAUUUUUAUUGAGCAAUACUUUUUUCAUCAGGUGUGCAGAAUCGUUCUUUCCAAGGCUGAAUCGGCAGAUGUGAUUUUUGGGUCUGUUAAUACUUAAACUAAGUUAAGUAUUAACUCCCUCAAGUGAGAGUGAACAGCUGUCAGUUGUUGAACUGCACUUUAGCAUAUUACUUGGUGGUGUCUUUACCUGACAACAUGUUUGUUUUUAGGCGUUUGUUACGUGGUUCUUUUAUAAAUGUUAACUGUGCUGGAGCCCUACAAAAGGGGAUAGAUAGACCCGAAGAGUGCUUUAAGUUGUUUGGUGUGAGGAGAUUUACUUCUGUGUCCAUCGAGAAGCUGGAUUUGAGAGGAAUUUUUCCACCACUCGUAACCCCAUUUAAUAAGAAGGAAGAGGUGGAUUAUCACCGGCUGGAAGACAACCUGCACAGGUAUUCCUCCGUUCCUUUCCGCGGUUUUGUGGUUCAGGGUUCAAAUGGAGAGUAUACCUAUCUGACAAGCACCGAGAGAAUUGAAGUAGUCCGCAGGGUUCGAAAGGCGGUGUCAAAGGACAAGCUGGUUGUGGCUGGAUCAGGAUGUGAAUCUACACAUGCUACCAUUAAGAUGACAACUAACAUGGCAGAGGCUGGGGCAGAUGCUGUGAUGGUGGUCACACCAUGCUACUAUCGUGGGCAGAUGAACAGCGCAUCUCUGAUUCAUCAUUAUACUAAGGUAGCUGACACUUCCCCUGUUCCAGUGAUCUUAUAUAGUGUCCCUGCCAAUACUGGUCUAGACAUUCCCAUCGAUGCCAUUGUCAAGUUGUCCGCACAUCCAAACAUCAUUGGAAUGAAAGACAGUGGUGGAGAUGUGACCCGAAUUGGUUUGAUCAUCCACAAAACCAAGGGAAUGGAUUUCCAGGUUCUGUCUGGGUCAGCUGGCUUUCUUCUAGGUGGUUACAUUGUAGGUGCUGUUGGAGGAGUAUGUGCACUUGCUAAUGUUCUGGGAGAACCACUAUGUAAUCUCCAGAAUCUUUGUUCUCUUGGUCAGUGGGAAAAAGCCAGAGAGCUGCAGUAUCGCCUGAUUGAGCCUAAUAUUGCUGUCACCAGAAAGUAUGGCAUCCCAGGACUCAAACAAGCAAUGCAGUGGUUUGGGUAUAAUGGUGGUAAUUGUCGCUCUCCUCUGCAACCCUUGACAGAAGAGCAGACAAAAGAACUCCGUAAAGACUUUGUUUCUAAUGACUGGUUAUGAAGGAGUUAGAUGUGGAACAAACUGAUUCAAUGGUCAUUUUUUAAACUUUUAUACUGAGCCUCAAACAUUGCUUUACUUAAACUGUAGUAGGCUCAUUAAAGGAAUCAGUCUGAGGUCAUCAGAACAACUAAGGCCAAAGAAUUUUGCUGACUGUAGUUUGUUACCUUGAUCCAUUUGACUUUCUGUUGCAUAACUUACAGAACUCUGUAGUUGUGUUUGGCCAAGCUUUAUAGUACUGUGUGUUCUGUAUUCUGCAAUGUUGAAUAAACUGCUUUUUGUUUAUUUUA